CAAGGUAUCGACUUUCGAGGAUAUCUGUGAUUUCUGGCCUGGUGAAGAACGAAGUCCUUGUUUCAGGCACUGCUGCUGGCCACCAUACACAUAGCGCAUCGGACGAGGCGGUGAAGUUUGCGAGAUGUAUGCUAGGACGAGGCUAUCAGGUGAGCAAAUCCUGGUAGAUGUGGGUAGGUUCGUCUUGCAUGCGCGGAGCCGAGAACGCGGAGAAACAGUAUAUAUGCUCAUUCGGCUUGCUUCUCGCUCUCCAUGUCAUUCGUCCCUCAUCGUUGUUCUCAGUACUGUAUUUGUGUUGUCCUUGAGCUGGGCUCGGCAGAUUUUCUUAGAGUGGUCGUUGUUUUUUCUUUUCAUGCAUGGUAUGAGAGACAACAUGGUCAUGGUAUACUUUGCAGCGGCUGCAUCAACGGUGGUGGGUCAACAGAUCUCACAAGGCGGCAAUGCAACGAAUUUGGACGAGAAAUAUCUACUCUCCUGGUGUAUACACGUGCCGAGCUCGGAUUCAACGUUCGUGCGGUUCUAUGGUAUCAUGAAGUCAAGCCGGCGGCCGUUUCACCUGAUCAGAUGCGCCGGGCUGCUACGAAGAGUCAGUACCUGCUUAUGAAAGUAGGUGCAGAUAGACAACUGAAAUGGAAGUGAAUGAUCGUCGAUCCGUCGAGCUUAGCUGGUCAGUCCAACGUUUCAACUCAGUCGACUUGAACAACAUUCUUGAUUGCGUGCAUCCGUAGAUCAUUUUAUUCUGCGAACA